AUGGCACACAACCCCUCAUCCUCCUCCUCCAGUACCUCUGUUGUGCACCAUGACAUCAAUCCCUUCCACGUCGCCACCCCUAUGCCUGUUGCCGCUUCCACCGUUCAACUCAUCAACAUCCGCUCCCAUCAAGUCGUCUACGCCUUCCAGGACUUCCACAACCUUCACCAAGGGGACCUCUCCGUCGGUGAUUACUGCUGCCGCCUCAAGCGCCUGGCGGACAACCUCACCAAUGUCGGCCAUCCCAUCACCGAUCAAGACCUCGUCGUCAACACCAUGCACGGCCUCAGCUCCAAGUUCAACAACGCCCUCGGCGUCAUCGGUGCCAUGAACCCGAUUCCGUCGUUCCUGUGGGUGCACUCCUACCUUCUUCAAGAGGAGAGACGCAUGGAUCGUACCCACGAGAUGGAAGACGCCAACGCCCUCCUCGCCACAGGCUCGAACUCCUCCAGCACGGCGACUGCUUUUGUCGCCAUGGGCUCCUCCACCGAGGUACCCUUCAAGCCGCCCUCCUCGACGACGACCACACCACCGGCCUUCUCCCUCACCAAAGGCGGCAACGACCUCAAGAAGAGGCACAAACAGUCUGACGGCAAGAACCGCUCCAACGCUAGCCCCACACUGCCAAAUCUGACGGCGCCGCCUCAAGCUAAUUGGGGAUCGGUGUACAACCCUUGGACUGGUGUUGUCCAAGCUUGGCCGAUGCCGCCAGCCAACUGGCGUGGCCCCAACACCGGCAUUCUCGGCAACCGCCCGGGUGCUCCGUCGCAUGCCAUGAUGGUGUCCACCCCUGGACAGACCCAGCAAAUCAGCUUUGGUGCGCUGGCCAACCUCUUCAUCGAGCUCCAUGGCCAGUUGUUGUCCACCGCCACCUACAAUGGCAGUGGUGACUGGUUCCUCGACACCGGUGCAUCCACACACAUGGCUACACACCCUAGUUUUCCCCGUGCCUCCCCUUACCUCCUGAUUCAGCUUAUGUGA